GAAAGCACACUUUUAAUAUCUUCUCUUCCGAAGUUCUAUCCGUAAACAUUUGUCGAAGCCAUUUUGCUUUCUGGCAACAAAUUGAGUUGCACUUAUCGACCUGACAAAAUGGCCGCGAAAUCGCAGUUAAUUGCGGGACUGACCUUGCCAUUACCUACUGCUUCUUCUUCUUCUUCAAGCUCUAGCAACAGUCUAGGCAUGGUCAAGAAGCCCCUCACCACGUCGUUUUUUAAUGGAGGAGUGGGACCUCUAAGAGUUACAAGGUUAAGAAUUGCUCAUUCCAGCCUAUCACACUGUUAUAGACAAGGUGGAGGAGCACUAGGCACCCGCAUGAAUCUUUUCGACCGGCUUGCGCGAGUUGUCAAGUCAUAUGCAAAUGCACUCAUAAGUUCCUUUGAAGAUCCAGAGAAAAUUUUAGAGCAAUCAGUACUGGAAAUGAACGAUGACUUGGUAAAGAUGCGCCAGGCCACAGCACAAGUGUUAGCAUCCCAAAAGCGGUUGGAAAAUAAGUACAAAGCUGCAGAACAAGCUUCUGAAGAUUGGUAUCGUAAGGCACAGCUUGCUCUUCAGAAAGGUGAAGAAGAUCUCGCUCGUGAAGCUCUCAAGAGGCGUAAAUCUUAUGCUGAUAAUGCUAGUUCUUUAAAAGCUCAACUUGACCAGCGGGGUCUUGUUGAGAAUCUUGUCUCAAAUACACGGCUUUUGGAAAGCAAGAUACAGGAGGCAAAAUCAAAGAAAGAUACUCUGAAAGCACGUGCUCAAUCUGCAAAGACUGCAACCAAAGUGAACGAGAUGUUGGGAAAUGUCAAUACAAGCAGUGCUCUUUCAGCUUUUGAGAAGAUGGAAGAAAAAGUGAUGGCAAUGGAGGCUGAAGCUGAUUCUCUUAAUCAGUUAACUACUGAUGAUCUUGAAGGGAAGUUUGCACUACUUGAGAGCUCAUCAGUUGAUGACGAUCUUGCAAACCUUAAAAGGGAACUGUCCGGUAGCUCAAAGAAAGGAGAGCUUCCUCCUGGAAGAGCGGCUGCAACAAGCAUGACUUCUUUUCCUUUCCGAGAUUCUGAAAUUGAGAGCGAGCUGAAUGAGCUGAGGCGGAAGACUAAGGAAUUCUGAAGUUCAUACCAAUUCGAAUGAAUUACUGGAAUUCAUAUUUUGAGUACAAAACUGAACAAGUUCUGUUAUGCCUACAAGUUAACUUUGUAAAUCUGAAAGGUCAAAAAGAUUUAACAUUGUAUAGCUCAGAGGCCAAGCUAAAAUCAGUAGCAAUUUUUGAUACUUACACUGCAUUCCUGUUUAUAUGACGUUCUUUUUUAUUUUUUGGGAUGAGUUAUCAAGUAUUUAUCGAUUGAUUGAGGUGUUUCGCACAAAUAAAUACAAAAAUAUUAGUUUAUAGUUCAA